AUGUCUACCAAUAACAAUAUCGAAUGGUCUGCUUCCAAGGUCAGAACUACGUUCUUGGACUUCUUCAAAGACAAAAAGCACACGUUUGUGCCCUCGUCGUCUGUGGUUCCCCAUAAUGACCCUACGCUUUUAUUUGCCAACGCUGGGAUGAACCAAUACAAACCUAUUUUCUUGGGUACCGUUGACCCCUCGUCUGAUUUCGCUAAUUUGAAGAGAGCCGCCAACUCCCAGAAAUGUAUCAGAGCCGGUGGCAAGCACAAUGACUUGGAGGAUGUGGGAAGAGACUCUUAUCACCAUACUUUUUUUGAGAUGUUGGGAAACUGGUCUUUUGGGGAUUACUUCAAAAAGGAGGCCAUUGGAUUCAGUUGGAACUUGUUGGUCGGAACCUAUGGCUUGGAUAAGGACCGCUUAUAUGUAUCAUACUUUGGUGGUGAUGAAAAGCAAGGGUUGGACCCAGAUUUAGAUGCUAAGCAGCAUUGGUUGAACAUUGGGGUUGCUGAAGACCACAUUUUACCGGGUGACGCCAAGGAUAACUUCUGGGAAAUGGGUGACCAAGGCCCUUGUGGCCCGUGUUCCGAGAUCCACUACGACAGAAUCGGUGGCAGAAAUGCUGCUCAUUUGGUCAACAUGGAUGAUCCAAACGUAUUGGAAAUCUGGAAUAUUGUGUUUAUUCAGUAUAAUAGAGAACCUGACAGUACCUUGAGAUCAUUGCCCGCCAAACACAUUGAUACAGGUAUGGGGUUCGAGAGAUUGGUUUCGAUUUUGCAAGACAAGUCAUCUAACUAUGAUACUGACGUGUUUACGCCCAUCUUUGACAAGAUUAGAGAAAUCACCGGGGUCAGACCCUAUACCGGUAAAUUUGGUACCGAAGACAAGGACGGAAUUGACACCGCCUACCGGGUGAUUGCUGAUCACGUGAGAACGUUGACUUUUGCCAUCACCGAUGGAGGAGUGCCCAAUAAUGAAGGUAGAGGGUACGUGUUGAGAAGAAUCUUGAGAAGAGGUUCCAGGUACGUGAGGAAGUACAUGAACUACCCUAUUGGGACGUUCUUCCAGCAAUUGGCUCCUGUUGUCAUUGAACAGAACAAGGAGAUUUUCCCUGAAAUUGCCCAUAAACUGCAAGACUUGAUGGAGAUCUUGAAUGAAGAAGAAUUGAGUUUCGCCAAAACUUUGGACAGAGGUGAAAAGUUGUUUGAACAAUACUCUAUCAUUGCUUCUAAGACCCCUGAACAGACAUUGAGUGGAAAGGAUGUCUGGAGAUUAUACGAUACCUAUGGAUUCCCAGUUGAUUUAACCAGAUUAAUGGCUGAAGAAGCUGGAUUGAGUAUCGAUGAAGUUGGGUUUGAAAAGGCCAAGGAAGAGUCCAGAGAAGCAUCCAAAGGGCGUAACAGCAAAAGCGGUGCUCUGUUGGUAAAAUUGGAUGUCCAUGCACUUUCGGAGUUGGAUUCCAAUGACUCUAUUCCUAAAACUGACGACUCCUACAAGUACGGUUUAGACAAUAUUAAAGCCAAGGUGGUGGCUAUCUACGAUGGUGCCGGGUUUGUUGAAGUUGUUUCUGAUACGACUUCCAAGCAAUAUGGUAUUCUUUUGGACAGAACUCCAUUCUAUGCUGAACAAGGUGGUCAGGAAUACGAUACAGGUAAGUUUGUUAUAGACGGCCAGGCAGAGUUCAAUGUUGAGAAUGUCCAGGUUUACGCUGGUUAUGUGUUGCACACGGGUAAUUUGGUGGAAGGAAGCAUCAAGGUUGGAGAUGAAGUGAUUGCUGGAUACGACGAGUUGAGAAGAUGGCCAAUUAGAAACAACCAUACCGGUACACACGUAUUGAACUAUGCUUUGAGGGAAGUAUUGGGUAACUCAGUUGACCAGAAGGGUUCCUUGGUUGCACCUGAAAAGUUGAGAUUCGACUUUAGUCAUAAACAGGCUUUGAAACCAGAAGAAGUCUCCAAGGUCGAAGAUAUCUCUAAUGAGUACAUCAAGGCCAACAAACAAGUUUACGCCAAGGAGGUGUCUUUGGCCGAUGCUAAGCAAAUCUAUGGCUUGAGAGCUGUGUUUGGUGAAACUUACCCAGACCCUGUGAGAGUGGUUUCGAUUGGAAAGUCAGUCGACGACUUGUUAUCCAACCCCGACAACAAAGACUGGUACCAUUUUUCGGUUGAGUUCUGUGGUGGUACCCAUGUCACCAAAACAGGAGAUAUUAAGGACUUGGUGAUUAUCGAAGAAAGUGGUAUUGCUAAGGGUAUUAGAAGAAUUGUUGCGGUGACUGGCACCGAGGCUCACCGGGUCCAACAAAUUGCCCACGACAACGAAAAGGAAUUACAUGAGAUCAACUCGUUACCAUUUGGACCUGCUAAGGAGUCUAGAGCCAAGGACUUUGGUGUCAAUUUGAAGAAGUUAUCCAUUUCUGUCACCGAAAAGCAGAAGUUGAAUGAGAAAUUCAACAAGUUGGACAAGGCCAUCAAAGAUAACUUGAAGGCGAUCCAAAAGGAAGAAACCAAGAAAGUGAUGGAUGUUGUGAAUGAGUGGUUGCAAGACAAAGAAGCCAAGAACUUUUUGGUCAGCCAUGUCCCCAUUAACUCCAAUGCAAAAGCUAUUGCCGAAGGUCUUAAUUUGAUCAAGAAACUGCAUCCUGAAAAAUCCAUUUACUUGUUCACCGGCAAGGACAAAGUUGCCCAUGGAUGUUACAUUUCCAACGACGCUCUUGAAAAGGGAAUUAAUGUCACUGAUUUGGGAGUGGCUGUUUCUUCCAAUAUCGGAGGUAAGGCUGGUGGAAAGGGUAACACCAUCCAAGGUAUGGGUGACAAUGUUGGCGGAGUUGACAAGGCCAUCGAGGAGUUGACUGCAUUGCUUAGUUCCAAGUUGUAG